AUGGUCCGUUUAUCCUUCGCCUCCGUCCUCGCCGGCGCCGCCGCCGCUCAGGCUCUGGCCUCGGGCAACUGCACCGGCGUCAACGCCAUCAGCACCAAGUGCGUCUCGAAAGAAACCGCCCACACGCGCGACUUCUUCUACGUCGGCGGCCGCUACAUCGAGACGGCUACCGGCAACGUCACCGUCGAUCAGCUCUACGUCGAGAAGCUCGUCCCCGUGAGCUCCGGCCGCAGUCGCCGUCGCGGCGUUGCGCCAGCAAAGCCGAUGGUGUUCUUCCACGGAGGCGGCACCUCGGGUGUCACCUGGCUCAACACCCCCGACAACCGCCCAGGUUGGGCCUCGUACUUUCUCCAGCAGGGCCACACGGUUUACCUCGUCGAUGUUGCUGCCGUCGGGCGCUCGUCCGAAAACAACCUCGACAACUUCACGAUGAUCGCCGGCACCGCCGCCGAGGGCGUCGAGAAGGGCUUCACCGUCCCGGAACUGUACAACACGUAUCCGCAAAGCAAGCUCCACACGCAGUGGCCCGGCACCGGUCUGAAGGGCGACCCGACGUUCGAACAGUUCAGCAAGACCAUCAUCCCGCUGACGAGAAGCUGGGAGCCGCAGGAGUACGCGCUGCGCGAGUCCGGGUGUGAGUUGUUGUCGCUGCUGGGUGAGAAGGCGUACCUCGUCUCCCACUCCAUCGGUGCGCGCGGGCCGAUCUUGGUGUCGAACGAUUGUCCGCAGUACAUCGCCGGCAACAUCAACCUCGAGGGCACCACAAUCCCCUUCUGGUCGUACGGAUACGACCUCGGAGGCACCCCCACGAACCCGUGGGGCUUCACCAACACACCUCUCGAUUAUGACCCUCCCAUUGCCAGCGCAGACGAGCUCGAGACUGUCGUGGUUGGAAACGAAACGCUGGCGCUGAGGAGCUGCCACCUCCAGAAGGAACCCGCAAGGAAGUUGCCAAAGAUCGCGAGCGUGCCAUUCCUGAUGGUCACCGGUGAAGCGAGUGUGCACAUUACGUAUGAUCACUGCAUCGUGGACUACUUGAAACAGACCGGAGGACAGCCAGAAUGGAUCAAGCUGGGCGAGAUUGGCAUCCAUGGAAAUGGGCACUUCAUGCAUCUCGAGAAGAACAGCUUGGAGAUUGCGGAAGUUGUCAAUGAAUGGAUUGUGAAGCAGGAGAGCAAGUAG